GCUGCCCGCCCGUCAGGCAAGAAGGCAGGCAGUGGUUCGACUGGCGGUCAGUUCUCUCCUCUGUGUUGUCCUCCUUCCUCGUUCCCGGUCGCCGGCGGCGGCGGCUGCACGGGUAGCGGCGCGGUCCCUGCGGGAGGCGCUGCACAAGCCGAGCGUCGGCCGCGAAGCGUCAAGCCCAACGCGGCGGCGGCGGCUAGGCAGCCAACAUGGCGGCGGCGGCGGCGGGCCCGGAGAUGGUCCGCGGGCAGGUGUUCGACGUGGGGCCGCGCUACACCAACCUCUCGUACAUCGGAGAGGGCGCCUACGGCAUGGUUUGCUCUGCUUAUGAUAAUCUCAACAAAGUUCGAGUUGCUAUCAAGAAAAUCAGUCCUUUUGAGCACCAGACCUACUGCCAGAGAACCCUAAGAGAAAUAAAAAUCUUACUGCGCUUCAGACACGAGAAUAUCAUCGGCAUCAAUGACAUCAUCCGGGCACCAACCAUUGAGCAGAUGAAAGAUGUAUAUAUAGUACAGGACCUCAUGGAGACAGAUCUUUACAAGCUCUUGAAGACACAACACCUCAGCAAUGACCAUAUCUGCUAUUUUCUUUAUCAGAUCCUGAGAGGAUUAAAAUAUAUACAUUCAGCUAACGUUCUGCAUCGUGACCUCAAGCCUUCCAACCUCCUGCUGAACACCACUUGUGAUCUCAAGAUCUGUGACUUUGGCCUUGCCCGUGUUGCAGAUCCGGAUCAUGAUCACACAGGGUUCUUGACAGAGUACGUAGCCACACGUUGGUACAGAGCUCCAGAAAUUAUGUUGAAUUCCAAGGGUUAUACCAAGUCCAUUGAUAUUUGGUCUGUGGGCUGCAUCCUGGCAGAGAUGCUCUCCAACAGGCCUAUCUUCCCAGGGAAGCAUUACCUUGACCAGCUGAAUCACAUCCUGGGUAUUCUUGGAUCUCCAUCACAGGAAGAUCUGAAUUGUAUAAUAAAUUUAAAAGCUAGAAACUACUUGCUUUCUCUUCCGCACAAAAAUAAGGUGCCGUGGAACAGGCUGUUCCCAAAUGCUGACUCCAAAGCUCUGGACUUACUGGAUAAAAUGUUGACAUUUAACCCUCACAAGAGGAUUGAAGUUGAACAGGCUCUGGCCCACCCAUACCUGGAGCAGUAUUAUGACCCAAGUGAUGAGCCCAUUGCUGAAGCACCAUUCAAGUUUGACAUGGAAUUGGAUGACUUACCUAAGGAAAAGCUCAAAGAACUCAUUUUUGAAGAGACUGCUAGAUUCCAGCCAGGAUACAGAUCUUAAAUUGGUCAGGACAAGGGCUCAGAGGACUGGACGUGCUCAGAUGUCGGUGUUCCUCCCAGUUCUUGACCCCUGGUCCUGUCUCCAGCCCAUCUCAGCUUACCCACUCUGACCCUUUGAGCCGCUCGGAGGGCACUUUCUGGUGGUAGUGGCUUUAUACUUUCUCAGAACCCUUCAUCCAGAGAUGUCUCCUGGCACAGGCCUGCGGCCGUGUGCGCCUUCGGUGCACGACCACCGCGUACCGUUGCUUAGUCACUAACCGCUUUCUGGUUUGAAAGAUGCAGAGGUUCCUCCCUCUCCUGAAUCCCUUCUUCAUGUCAUCCUGCUGAACCAUGCAGCCUCACCAGAGCGAGAGUCUUUCCAAACUGGCUCCAGUCACUGGCAUCUCGCUUCACAGUAAGAAAUGCUGUUACGUAAGGCACUUGAAGUCAGUGACAGCUCAGAAUUUGCACUUCUUCUGUUGGCUUGUAACUGUCUACCCAGAGCAGGAGCUUGUGGGCAUCCCUGGAUGGUGUUGCAGGCUGCAGAGGCAGGUGCUUUGUCAUGGGAGUCCUUUGGGGGCAUUUUUCUGUGUAUCAUGUUAGUCCCAUAUUUAAGGUAUGUGCUAUUUGCCCAGCUUCUAAACAAUUUGAUCAUCAUUCUAGAAAGGAAGCGUUGGACCAGCAAUGUUACUUUGCGGGUUUCCUAUAGUUACUUCUAUUGUAAUGGAGGUGUAGCACUUGCCAAAAUGUUACAUGCUGUCCUUAGCAGAGAUGUAAAGGAACUGCUGUGCUUGUCAUUGCUGCAAGAUGUACAAGCACUAAGGUGUAGAAGUUUCUGGUGAAGUAGAGAGCAAGCUGACCUAGAUGUUCAGGGUAGAGCUCCAUGUAUACUUUGAGCUGUUUCACAUAGAAAGCUGUAUUUGUAACCACAUUCACUGCCUUGGGAUUUAGCUAAGAGGAACACUGCGUCUUUAAACAAGAAAGUGUACAGUUCUUCUCCUACAGCAUGUCAGCAUCUCAAGCUCGCUUUUCAGCGGUAUAAUGACUUGUAAUAAAGCCUUCAUGAGCUCUCA